UCAUACUGUGCACUGCACAUUGUAUUUUAAGAGGUCAGAAUCAAAUUUCAAACUCCAUGUCAUGGAAGAGUUAAUGGGGUUGUUGUUGGUCAGCUGGGCACACAGCAGAAGAGUCUGGCACAGGUUUGGCGUUUUACUAAAACCUUUUUGAUGUUUUAGUGGUAAUAGAUUUAUCACAGCCCAUAUUUUUGACAUGCCGUAGCAGGAAAGCCACCAGGUGGAAUUAAUUAUGGCUGCAUUCAAUUUAGGUUUAUCAGGUAGGCCUAUGCCUCAGUAAAACAAAGUCUGCUGUGAAAAAAGGUCUAUAGGGCUGAACAGUUAUAAUUUCAGCUGUUUUAUUAUUAGGUUCAAUUAUUAGGUGUUUAUCUAAAAACAUGUUAAGUUAAAAAAAAAAACAUGAACAAUUUCUGUUCCUUAGGCAGCUCAUAAACUAAAACUACAUUUUCACCUAGCUACAAGGUUGUACACAGGCAGCAGAGAAACAGCUUUUGAGGGAUUUAUCGAUAUGACUUGAAUACAUUGCUGUGAUUUCUUGUAAGCCAGUGUUUUCUGAGGUCAAAAAUGUAUAACUUACUAUACUAUUAGUGAAACUUUAAACAGUUGAGGGCUGUUUAUUUUGACUUGACCUUCACCAGCUCCACUGAAGUUACAGUGCGUUACCGUGGCAACGAGCCGUCGUCGUGGUUGCGCAGACAACUUGCUUGCAGAAAUUCCAGAGUAAAGUCCUAAUGUAGAUUGACAAGACAACGUUUUUGGUACCUAAACCUGCUGAUGGUAUUCAUAGAGAGAUCAGCAGCAUGUCCGCUGCAUCUUCAGAGAAAAGAUCCCCUGAUGGAGCUGCUCAGACCUGUGGUAAAAACAUUACUAGGCCUGGAUCCAAGGUUAAGAAAAAGACCCACUCUUCUGAGGUGAAGUUACCGCCUUUAUGUUCGGCGCCGCCUACUUUCACAGCAGCCUUUACAGCCAGGCCUCUGUUCAGACCUGACAGACCUUUAUCGGUGGUGGAACUCCCUCGUCUUAUAGCCCAGGUAGGACCUGGGAGAGCCGUGGGGGACACAAAAUGGACAAAAGGACCUCGACUUAUGGCCUCUGCAUUAGGGACCAAUAUCCCUAUCAGAACUGCUGAUGAUAGGACAGCACAGAGUUUUACAGAGAAAGAUGAAUCAAACAGACCCACAAUGUGUAAAGUGACCAAACCAAAUACAGUUCCUCUCACUGGCACAGAGGUAGUUCAUAUGUUUGUCAACAAAAGAGACUUGGGAGAAUUGGAGUUUUAUUACCUGAAAGAAGUGGAUGGAGACGUUUACAGACCCUAUGACCUGCGAGUGGUCCAUUCCAGUGAAGCUGGUUCUGAGCACUACAUCUUUUCCCCUAAUUCUGUACUACAUGUGACAGAAAGGGGUUACGGUGGAAUUGUGAGUCUGGCAGACUGGUACAGAGAGUCUGUGUCGUGGAAAGCUUUGCAGGAAAUUCCAUUAUUCAGGGAGUUUAGACUGCGGAAAGCUUUCACCUUGUGGCAUAGAAAUGUGCGCAAGAUAUUUUUUCAUCGCAAGUGUGAGGAUCUGCAGGAUAUGCUGGUUAUGGCUGUACCUCAGUUCAGAAAUGCUCUUUUUCUGUUCAACAGAAUAAUUGAAGAACUGAAAGGAACACACCAACUGCCCCAGGAGGAGUCUCAAACCUACACAUUGCUGGAAUUCAAGAAUGUUCUGAUAACCAAGAAUCAAGAUUGUCUGCACAUAUUGGAGAAGUUAUCACAGUAUCGUACUGGAAUCCUAAAUGCGGUGAAAGAGUGCAGCUACAAGGCAAAACAGGACCUGCACCUGCACAUGGAAUAUGCUAAAAAGCCAAAUAAAUGCAACGAACCCAUUCACCUCCAACUGGCUCACCAGCAGGACCUGAAGAAAGACUUGGCCUGGUCUGAAAGCAUCUUGCAAAAAUUGGGCAACUUUGCUGCUCUCGUCAAUCAAAUGACCGUGCAAAGUCUCGUCACGAUCAUCCGACAAGAUGUCGUUUCUUUUCUCGACAACGUUUUGAAGAGGAAAACAUCCCAGCAGUGCUGUCUCUUCCACACUGAGGUGUGUUUCAGUGCCAAUAGUCAGCUGACUGUGGACCCACCGAUACAUCUGUUCCAAGAAGCUGUGAGUGAAGCACUCCUGACUGUUGGGGACUCUAUAAUUCAGAUGUGUGACACUUGUGGAUUCUUCCUGGAGAUCAGCAACAGUGUCGUCACUUCUGUUUCUGCUCAAGAUUUAACCUCUGCCUUCAGUUGGAUUGAACAUUCUACUAUUACAGGGGAAAAUAAGAACAAUGAUGCAAUGACUGGUCGGAGAAAGUUUUGCUGCUGGCAAUUGCUCAGAGACCUGCCAUCUCACUGGCUAGUGCUGCCUAAACAAACCUUGCUAAUGGUGCAGGGCAACAGGGUGCAUGGCUGCUACUAUCCCCUCCCUAAGGGACAGCUGGAGUGGCAGAUCAGCGUCAACGACGUUACAAAACAAGUUGAGAAAGAGCAGGCCAAGAUCAUGCAGGAAGCUGAAGUAGAAAUCCAGCAGCUGUGUGAGAGUUACUCGUGGUUGGUGGACAUCCAUUUGUUCAUUAAGCAAUGGAGUCGAGCCUCUUUGGAAUCCAUGAAGGGUCAGUCUGCUUUACUAUAUGAGGAGCACAUAAAGAAGAUACACCACUGGACUGAAAGAAUCGACACAGUUCCCUCAUCAAUCUCUACCUCCAACCAACUGUUCAUCAUCCAGUGCACCAGCAUAAAGGAAAAUCUAGGGCAACAACUGAGAUUCAUUGAGGAGGAAGUGCUAGAGCAGCUAGUUGAGCAGAUAAAGCUGCAUUCAGAAAGCGUCAUAUCAGACUUGGAGAAGCCUACUGCUGAUCUCAAGACACAACCCAGAGACUUACAUGACCUCUCGAAAUACGCUCUUAUGAUGAGGGAGUCUGUGAAAAUGUUGGCCGACACACAGAAACGUUUGGAGUACAUUCACUCCCUCCAGGACAUUAUUUGCAUGAACUAUAGGAAGAUGACUGAACAGGAGCUGACUUUGGAACAGAAGAUGCUUGCCAUGGUGGAUUGCUUUAUUCCCCUCUUGAAGCAAGCAGAUAGCAUUGUGUGCCACCGUCUUCCUUCAAUGGCUAAUGCAUUGGACACAAUGUUCUCAUUUUUGGUCUGUGACCUUAAAAAUAUUGUCUCUAAAGCUACAUCUGGACCCUUCCUUGACCCAACCCAGGAUGCAAAAGAGAUGGUCUCCAAACUGAACCACAUGUAUAUACAUAUGCACAAUCUCAAUGCAAAGCUGGAACAACUUAGUAGGAACAGCCAAAAACUACACGAACAUCCAAUGGAUUUGACCAUUUUGACAACAGAUGUUAAUAAGCUCAAAGCCCGUAAAGAGUUGUGGGAGCUAAUAGCUGGGUUUACAUCAUGGAUGGAAGGAUGGAAAGAGUUGCUUUUCAGUGAGGUUGUGGUGUCACAAGCUCAGGAGAAAAUUGCCAGGUGGAAGGAACAAGCUUUAUCUCUAACAAGUAUCAUACCUACUCAUGAUGCAGUGCUGCAGGAGACUUUAGGAAUCCUGGAAAGCUUAAGCCAUCAGGUUGCACCCAUGGCCAAGCUGCAGAGCCCCACACUCAAACAUAAACACUGGAAAGCCAUUUUCCAAGGAAUAGGCCUACUGUAUGUCUCAGAGAAGAAGGUGACUGUUGCUGAACUGAUGUCUCAGCUACUUGAAGUUGACCAGAAUUUCAUUACCAAGAUAUGCAGGGAUGCACAAGCAGAGUGUAACAUGGAGCAGACAUUCCAAAAGCUUCAACAGGGAUGGAAUGCCAGAAUUUUCCAGGUGGAUAAAUUCACUGUUCCUGUUUGGCAGCCACAACAUGGAUUAUCAGAAAAACCCACAGAGGGCGCAAUAUCAAAUGUUCAAACUGCCAUUCACCACUCCUGUAAAGAUGCUAGAUUCACUAUCAUUGGUCUUGAAAUACACUUUGCUGAGAUAGAGAGUGAUUUGAUGGCUCUGUCCACUAUGUUGAAGUCCCCACACAGUGUUGAGUUCAGACUGCAAAUGGAGGAUUUGGUGCAAUCACUACAAGAUCUUGGAAAGCUACUUUGUUUAAUUGAAAGAUACCAGCAAAUAUGGGCUUCCCUGACCAAGAUGUUCCAUGAAACAUCCUUUAGUGUUCAGAGAUUGGAUCUGCUGGAGCGAUUCCAACCAGUUGAUGAGACAUUUAAGGAAAUUAUUCACUCUAUCUUAAGUGACCCUCAUGUGUUGAACUUUGUUCAUUCCAAGAAGACAAAUGUCAGAUUCCAUGGUAAAAGACUUUGCCAGAUUCUCAUUGAUGGUCUGUCUACAAUGGAGGCAAUUUCCAACCAAAUGGUGGAUCUUCUGGAGACCCUUUGUGAACAGUUUCCAAGACUCUGGUUCUUGAGUGAUAGGGAAGUGAUACAACUACUCUCUUUUCAUCCAACGCCUUUUACACUGCAACCCUUUGUGCGCAAAUGCUUUAAAGGGAUACGCUGGCUUGAUGAGGAUUGUGAAACACCAUCUAAUGCAAGAGGUGUGAAGAACUGGGGGGCUACAUCUCAAAGCCACAGAGAGAUGAAGGUGCUAGGAUUUUUUGGUAGCCUCCAGGAGCACAUAACCUUUCUGUCUCCUUUGGAACCAAAUCCCAAUACCUUGGUAUGGCUUUGUGUCUUUGAGAAGCAAUUAAAGUUGACAAUGCUACAGCUCAUGAAACAAUGUGCUAUUGUGAGAAACCAGCUUGAACCACCCAGUCAAUAUAUGGCAUGCGAUAAGGAAGUUGGAAACCUCCUGUUCCACAUUGCUGAAAGGAGAAAAAUUGCAGUACCGCCGCUGGAUCUGCUGUCUGAAUAUCCUCUUCAGUGUCUGCUGGUGGCUGAGGAGGCAGUCUGGUGCAACACAGUUCUACAAGCUUUCCAAGAAUCAAGCCCAGCGACAUUAAGCAACAUAAAGGCAUACAGCUCUGCAAAACUGAAAAACCUUGGCUGUUCAAUUAGGGAUGGAGUCACAGGGGCUAAAAGGGAAUCUUUGGUUUCUAAGUACACAAUGAUGUGUCUGCGUGCUUUAGUGCAGCUUACAAUGAAGCAUGCGCAGCAGCUAUCUCGACUCAUGGAGGUACAAUGUAGGCUGGAGUCGUCUUUUGAGUGGCUAAGUUUAAUGAAGUAUCAUGUAAACUCUGAAGAUUUGAGUCUGAAAGCCAAUGAACCAACAUGUUGCGUGGAUGUUUUGGGCCAUCGUCUUCAAUAUGAUUAUGAGUAUUUUGGUCCAGAAGAUUGGGUAAUGAUGCAUACUCCAUCCACAGAUCGGGCUACACUAGGGAUUCUGCUUGCUCUGACAAGCUACAGAUGUGGGUUUGUGAGUGGACCUUGCAUGUCUGGAAAGAAAACAACUGUGGUCCAGUUAGGAAAAGCACUGGGGAGGCAGGUUGUCGAUAUGCAAUGUUGUCCAAGCAUAAGACCUGGUGUUGUUCAGCGGAUGCUGUUGGGCGCCCUCCAGACUGGAGCAUGGCUUCUGCUGGACUCUGUUGACUUACUAACACAAGGGGUCCUGUCAUCACUGGGGCAGAAUCUAGUAGACAUCCAUCAAUCCUUCUCUGAGUUAACAAUAAAUAAGAAUCACAGAAUGAAUGAGGAGCCAAAGGACAGGACUGCUGAAGGGGUCACGGGUUGCAAAAACAUUGUUGAUUCUGAAUGCCAUAUGGUACUUGCAGGGAAAAGCAUUUAUGCCAGCCUAAGCUAUGGAUGUGUUCUUAUCUCAUCGAAGGGGCAUACACCUGAGCUUCCAGAGAGUCUGCGAUGUGCAACUAGACCCAUUGCAUUAACCCAUCCAGAUUACAGGACCAUCGCAGAAGUAAUGCUAACUUCCAUGGGUUUCUCAGAAGCUAUGUCUUUAAGUCGACGUCUGGUGGCCCUUGUUAGCCUGGCCAAGGAUUCUCUCUGUCUGCCUGAUUUCAUCACUGAUAACCAGAGCUGCUAUCUUGUUGUCUUGCAAAAGAUCAUCUCCGCCUCUGAAAUGCACUUACAACAAAAUGUAAGGCAACAAGAAAUUUCUGAUGAGGCUAAAGGAGCGACUGCAGAAAAAACUGCUCGUGCACAAAAUGUGACUACCAGAGUUGUUGAAAAGGAUACAAAAGAUACUGAAAAGCCUUCCAAGUUCAGCAGUUCACAUUUGUCAAUUAUACAGGGUUUAAUGGAGGAGACAGCCAUUGUCAAAGCUAUUCUUUCUGUCUUCUCACCUAUUCUUUAUGAGCACAAGAAAGCCUCACAGUUCUACAUCACCUUCAAGAACACAUUCCCUAUAGCAUGCCAGUUUCCUCUUUUCCAACCGUACAUUGAGGAAGAAGAAAAGAAGCAACUUAAAGAUGCAGUUACUGAAGAAUUACAAAAGAAACAGUUUCACUCUGACACUGAAAUAAUUAGCAGUGCUCUUACACUCUACCAGACCAUGAAAAUCUCUCAGGCAGUUAUGCUUAUAGGCCCCAUGGGUAGUGGAAAGACAACCUGUUACUGUGCUCUAGCUGGAGCACUCAAUCAUCUGGCUGCCAAGGCAUUGGAAUAUGUGUUUGAAAGUGACAAUAUGAUUGAAGGAGAUACCCCACAGGCAGAACCACAGAUCUCUGCUUCAACCUGGAACUCUGUUGACACUGUGGUCUUGUUUCCUAACGCCAUGUCCCAUAAGGAGGUAUUUGGCUGCUUCUGUGAAAACAGAGGAUGGCAAGAUGGAGCUGUUGGAAAGGUUCUGAGAGAUUUAGAACGACGUGAACCAAAAAGUUCUACAAUCUGCAGCAAUAGGAAGAAAAGUGAUCAGACUCAAAAAUGGCUGAUAAUGGAUGGGAAUCCUGUGGGGCAGCCUGGCUGGUUAGAUUACUUAACUACAAUGUGCAGUCCUGAGGACCCAUUUCUGCGCCUGUCAUCAGGUGAAACACUGCCAUCUCAAUCACACCUUAAGCUUCUUAUGGAGAUCACUGACCUAAGUGAUGCAAGUCCCUCUGCAGUGACCCAUUGCAGCUUUGUCUAUGUCACAGGUACUGAUCUUUGGAAGGCUGUGUGGAAGAGUGAAACAGAUGCUCUCUUUUUUGAACACAAACUGGAUCAUGGAACCUUAAAAAUGUGGAACUGUCUGGCUAACGAUCUUUUCGCCUGCACGCUUAGUUUGCUUAGGCAAAAUGCUUUAACUUCUGCCAUCCAUAAUGAAGGAGUAUCUCCUAAAAGUGUCAUGUAUGGACUGCAAGAAAUCAUGUCAUUUGUUCGGAUCCUACGUGCCCUCCUACAGCAUUUUGGGAAGGAUGUGGAAAAAGCUGAGACAAUACCACAGAUAGACAAACGAGAUAUAUCUCUACACAGAACUGGAACAGCAGGCACAGAUCCCCCAACUAAACAAGAUCUGCUGGCCAGGAACCUUUUUCUGGUGGCUUAUAUUUGGGGAUUUAGUGGACAUCUGCAUCCUCGCCACUGGACAAAGUUCGAAUUACUAGCCCGUCAAGUGCUCUUUACUUGCCGGUACAAAAUUGUGGUUCCUGAUGAAGAGAGUGUGUUUGAACACUUUUUUAACAAAGACAGCAAGAUGUGCCCUAAGAACACACUGCUGACAAAUUCCCUCCCUCCCAAGUAUCGGAAAUAUACCUAUAUCUUGAACCUCAUGUUGGAGGGAAAUCAGCCAGUGUUGCUCGCAGGAGAGCCCUGUUCUGGAAAAACUACUCUGUGCAAAACUUUGCUGAGUUUUGACAAGCUUGACAAGCCACACAUUAGCCUACCAGCCAGUCCACUACUGAGCUCCAGAGACCUGCGCACUUUAAUGAAUAACAUCAGCUGCAAGAAGAACUGUAAAGAUACUAUGGGUUCCAUGACAAAACAGCCGGGACUGCUUCUUUUUGUCGAUGAUUUGCAUGAAGCACCCUGUGAUGUCUUUGGGAGGAAGUCAACCGCUCUAGAAACACUACGACAGAGUAUGUCAAUGGGACAUAUUCUAACAUUUGAUGCCUACAACUUCAAUUUAUUAAGUUCUGGAACCAUCAGCUACAUGGCUACCUGUUGUGUCUUUGGAUUUGGCAGUCACCACAGUAAUGUGAUAUCCUCCAGGCUGUCACGCCUGUUCUCUAUCUUCGUGCUUCCCAGCCUAUCUAUGGACGUUAUAUUGUCUAUACAUUCUCCUCGGCUAAAAAUCUGGCUCAAAGAUUUGGAACUUAAGCACAGUGGUGAGGAUAUGCCAUGUUGUAUCAUCACUGCAACUAAAAAUCUCUAUCAUGCAGUAUGUGACCAAUUCCAGCCAACUGUGCAGCGGCCCCAUUUCAUAUUUUCCCAUCAUGACCUUCAGAAGGUGUUUAGAGGGAUGUGCCUGUGGCAGCCUAACAUCCCAAACACAGGUACAAUGCGGAAAGAGGAAUAUUCACUACCAGGCUUUUCUCCAGUCCUCCCAGGGCCUGCAGCAUCAGUCCUUAACAUUGCACAUCUCUGGAUGCAUGAGUGCAUGCGCACUUUCAGUGAUAGGUUAUGCUCAGAGGAUGAACGCAAAACUCUUGUGUCACUCAUAGCCAAGACAGCAACAACACACUAUGGAAUAAGAUUGGUUGAUGAAAUCCAGUCUGCCAGUUUAUAUGACCCACCCACUGUCUCAAACCUAACUAUUCACACACUACCCAUGGGCACAGCAGGCACCUGUAAGCCAAAAGGUCAGAGUCUAGAUACACUAUAUUUGCCUCAAGAGCCAAAUCCAGCUGGCCUGUCAGACCCAAAGAAAGGCUAUACAUUGACUAAACCUUCCCUUCUGUCUGAAAACAUUUGCUUAGAAGAGACCAGCCUAAAAAGGCUCCCUCUGCAACCCCAGAUUCUUCAGCAUAUGGAGGGCAUAGUGGCUAAACUUGUAUAUGGUCCUGAGCUCUCUGAGGCCCCAAUAAGUCAACAGUACAGUUUUAAAAGUAGCUCUUCUUAUCAGGACAGAGAACUUGACGUACUACUGCAGGAGCUCUGUGAAGUCAUCGACAGAAAAGGACAAGACAAAGGACAGAAAAUUGAAAAUGAAUCCAACAUUACAACCAGAUACGUUGUACACAGACAGAGGGCGAGUCAGCUUUUACAUAUCCUCAGGGUGUUGCUCAUACAUGGAGGUCACGGAGUGCUGAUUGGCUCAGAGAGAGGCACAGGCCGUAAAACCACUGUGCGUUUAGCUGCCUAUGUAACAGGCUACCAGUUGAUGGAGGUGCAUCCUGGCAAUGAGAAUCAGUUACAUGAAAUCCUAAAAGAAGCUGGGAAUCAAACUCAAGUGGAUGGAGUUAAUGUCAUCAUACUGGUCCAUGAAGAAAUUAGCCAGUCUGUCAGAGAAGAGCUGUUGGUGGUGAUGUCUCACAGAACCUACACAGGGCUCUACAUAGAUGAGGAGCUGAGAAAUCUUCUUUCCAGAGUGACUGCUGUGAAAAACUCAAGACGAUACCGUAUGAAUGGUUGUGUGUUUGAGAAGUACUUGAGCCAAAUCCACAGAAAUGUGCAUGUGUUCCUGUUGCUUCCCUUCACCAUUACGGACAGCAGUGAGAUACCUGCCAACAAUGGAACCCAGGGUUGGAAUGCACAACUGACCAAAGCCCUGAGAUUCAGUUGCUGUGUAGAGGUGUACCAGCCUUGGUCAAACCAGUCUUUAGUAGAAGUUGCUGCUCAAUGUCUCAAAACCAGUCUCCACAAACUGGAGAGAGAAGGCUCCGAGGCCAAUCUGUCUUUGGCUAUGGCAGGAAUCCAUCAAUCUGCAUGUCAGUAUGCUUCUGUCCUUCUAAGAGCUCAGCCAUUCAGCCCUCAGACUUAUAUGGAGUUCAUUGCCCACUUUGGUUUCCUCUGCAACCAUCUGCACAAACAACAGCAGAGGCAAGCCAACAGAAUUGCAACUGUUCUGUCUCAUUUGGAUGUAUUGAACAACACAGCUCUGCAGUUCAGAAAGCACUUAAUAAGCCUGCAAGAGAAAGUUGCUGAGACGCAGCAGCGUGAGAAAGAGCUCCUGAGAGUGGUCAAUUAUCACAAGUGCCUGCUUGAGGAAGCCCGGCAGAAAUGUGUGGUAGAGGAAAGCAAGCUGCGUCACCUGGAAGAGCAGAUUAAUCAUGCUCAGAAAAAGAUAAAACCUUUGUUCCUGUCCAGUAUUCACAUUCUAAAUUGUCUGAAUACAUCUGACCUGGAGGAAGUGCGGCACUACAGAGAUCCACCUGAUGGAGUGGUGAAAAUCAUGGACGCCAUUUGUUUGCUGUUUAAUCGUCCUCUAGGCUGGGAGAGUGCUAAACAGCUUCUUGGACAAUCCAACUUUUUCCAGGAGUUGGAAUUUUUUGACCGCUUUAGUCUGACAAAUGAACAGCUUCAGGAGCUUGGCCAGAUAGUUCACAGUCCCCAGUUUGUGCCAGAAUCUGUGCUAGAGGUGAGCAAAGCCUGUGAGUCCCUGUGUCGAUGGGUCCAGGCUGUGUAUGAGUGCUGCUUUAUGCAAAACCAACUGUUGGUAAAGCAGCAAUUGGAGGUUCUGACCAAAAAGGCACAAGGUCAACUGCACCUGGCCAAGCACCAACAGGAUCAUGCUUACCAUUGUCAAGAGAAUGUCAAGAAUCAGCUGCAGUUGGUACAAAAAGAACUGCAGGAGGAACUGCUGCAACUGCCCACAGCUGAGAGCUCAGAAAGAGAAGCUACUAUGGCUGCAGGACAGUUAGAGGCACAUGUCAGAGACUGGAGGGCUGCUGCUCAGGAGGCAAAGUUAAGUAACCAAACUCUGCCAGGAGAUGCCCUUAUCUUGGCUGCAAUCGUCUCUUAUUUAGGCCCCUUUGGACCUGAUAUACGCGCAGAACUGCUGAACAAGUGGAGGACGCUCUGUCAGACAGGAAGAAUCAACAUAAACCCCAAGGACCCCAGAACCUCCCUGUUUAAAAACUCUGACACUGCACCUCCUUACCCCCUUCUUGGUUUCCCCAUCCCUGUGUCUGAGAGGCUGGAGCUGCCUCUGGGUCAGGCAAUAGGAAUGCUCCAGGAUGCUCCUUCUGACAGAAUGGUUGUAAAGCUGCUGCUGUGGGGCUGCAGGAGUGCUUGGGUUCAGUGCUGGCCUCUACUGGCAGACACCCAGCAACAUCUAGAUGUAAUCUCUCAAAGGAUGCUCAUCACAGGAGAGAAUGCCAAGCUUGAGAAAGAGACCGAGUGUGAUGUGGUGGUUUGUGCUGAUGAUCCAGAGCUGCUGGACAAGCUGGACCAGGCUGCGGAGAAAGGUUUGAGAGUUCUGGUAACUCAUGUGGAACGUGUGAUUCCCAGUCCACAGUUUCUGGCCAGAUUGGCACGCCCUGCUGGACGUUGCCUUCCAGGGUUAAAACAGCAUGUUCAGCCGAGCCACCCUGAAUUCUGCCUCUUCCUUAGCACACAUCUGCCUGUCCAACUGCUCAGCAGUGACAUCCAUCCGUCCAUCUUGGCUCAUGUGCGCGUUGUUGACCUCUCUGUAAGCUCAGAAGAGAUCCAGGAGCUAAUGCUGACACAGCUGCUGCAGUCUGAGUGUAAAAAGCUGCUGAUUCAACACUUGCAGUUCCAGAAUGACAAGCAGUUGCUGCAGGAGGAACUGAUCUCAAAAGAGGAUGCUCUGAUGGACUACAUCCUGCAGUCUAUCACCCCCCUGCUGGAGGACGCUGAUUUUCUCCCCCGUCUGGCUGUUUGUCAAGAAGCAAUGAAGAAACUGCAGGCUGAGAUCCAGCAGCUGAGUGAGGAGAUGAAGUACCACGAGUCCCUGCUGGCUGUGCCCCGACAAUUAAUAAGGCUGGCUGCUGCCCUCUACCAAGCUCUGCAGGAGGUGUCUCGUCUUUCCCCUGCCUACUACUUUUCCCUACGUGGCUUCAUCACAGUUAUGCAAGAGGUCUUCGUUGUAAAGGGCAGGCCAUUAGUGUCAUGUACCAUUGGGAAAGUGCCAGCGGGCAUAAUACCGGAGGUCACAAACCGGAUGGUAGCCCAGCUGCUGAUUCAAUACAGGCCUUGUCUCUUAAAGAGCCAUGUUGCUGUUCUGGAGCUGCUGCUGUCUGUGGCUCUGCUCCAACACAAACAGCUCUGCUCUGAGGCUGAGAGAAUGGCUUUCCUCAGGGGCCUUCAAGACAUAAAACAUCCUGCCAUUAAAGUGAAACCCUGUUCCCUUCCUCCCAUUGUCUCACAGUCCACUAGUGCUCUGCCCAGCUGGAUACCCUCUCACAUCCACCCAGAGCUCCUCUGCUUGGAGAAGAUCCCGGUCUUCAGAGGGUUGAUUGCCUCUCUUUCCACUUGCCCCAUACAGUGGCAGGAGUACCUGCACUUCCCUUCCUCCACUGUAUCAGGGGCUGUUCCCUGUCGCUCUCACUCCCAUCUUUCCCUGCUACAGCGGGCUCUCCUCUGGAAGACCAUGCUCCCGAACUGCCUGGAGGGACUAGCUGAGGCCAUGGCCACCUACCACCUCUGCCUGCCUGGACAGACAGCAGGGACUGAGGCCCCUCACACUGGGAAUCCAGAGGCCCUCUCCCGGUAUCUUCUCAAACAAGAGGGACCCAUCAUCCUUACAUUGCCCAGUCAAAGAGGAGAUAAGUGGACAAGCAUUCAGCCUCUUCACUUAAUACACAAAAUGGCCCACUGUCUAGCAGAAACAAAGAAGGUGAAAGUCAUUUCUUUUGGGGCUCUGUGUGACAGAGAGGUCAUUCUCUCAAUGCUGGACAAAGCUUUUAACGAUGGCCACUGGUUGGUUUUUAACGACUGUCACCUGUUGGAACAAUGGGAUGGUAAAGUAGUGGCUCACCUCAGUCAGUUGAUCUCUUCUUUUAGAGAAGAGCGAUGCCUGAUUCACCCGUGCUUCCGAUUGUGGUUUAUAACUCAAGAAUAUGCAUCACGCUCCAUACCAGCGGCAGUGCGAAUGUGUUCCCUGUCUCUGGUCUGUGACUCUCCCUGGGAUCUGAAGGAGGAGCUGAGCUGUUCCUUGCGACAGGUGGUGUCCAUCAUACAGCGUCAAUCACUGUCGGGUGUCAAAGCACACAACAUGGAUCUCCUCCGGCGCUGUGCCAUCUUCCACUCUGUGUUACUGCAGAGACAGGCCUAUAAAUACUUAGGCCAAGGGAGAAUCUACAGUUGGAGUCAGGAAGACCUACUGGCUUUGGUGGAUGCACACAUUUGCAUUGCUAGUCUCUGCCACGACAAGGCUAAGGCUUUGCAGUAUAUAGCAGUCAAUCUAGUGCAUGGUGGCCAUGUACUAGACUCUGCAGAUUUGGAGGUGGUGGACAGCGUUGCCAAGACCUGCCUCAGCAGAGUGUCACCUCUGUGGGGCAGUGGACCACACAUCCUCACAGAUAUUACCAGCAAUCCUGGCCACUUUGAUUUGUCAGAACUACUGCAGAUUUUGGAGCAGGGUCUUCAGGAUUCUGAAAACAUCAAUGACCCCCUUGUGUUGGGCUUCAGUGCAGAUGUGGCAGCUGAGAUAACCGAGAUCAAUAGCCACAAUUUGAACAUACUACUGCUGGCCUCCCAAACUCCUGUAGGAAGAGUGAGGAGUUUCUACACACAGCUAAGCCAGCCCACCACACUUUCAGCAUACAGCCAUGCUAGAGACAGACUGCAGGCUCUGAAGAGUUAUCUCACACACACCCAGAAUGACAGCACAGUUACAAAUGAUGGAGCUGUCUUUCACAGUCACCUACAUGACUUCCUCCAGGCUGAGUGGGAUGAUCUCAUUGAUUCGGUGUCCUCGCUCCUCUCACAGCUCCAACAGCCUGUUCAAUACAGCGUGCCGACCUUUGCUUCCCUCCUCAAGCCCACUGACUUGUCUCACUUGGAGAGGAGGGCAGAGUUGCUCAGUGCUUAUAUCUGGCACCACAACACUUCCGAUCCACCCGGUGCAUACCGACUAUCUGCUUUUAAAAAUGCCAGAGGCUUUCUGGUGGCAGUGAUGCGAGAGGCUGCUCAAGUAAAUCGCAAAUAUAUGAGUGAUAUAGCCCUGCAUUUUCAGGUUCUGAGUGAUGAUACAUACCCAGCCUCACUUCCCCUGGAUGCUGUGUAUUUAUGUGGCCUGGAGCUGAGAGGAGCAUCAUGGGAUACACAGCUAGGAGCCGUACAGGACACAGUCUCUCUGCAGCCGUGCUCACUGCCCCUUGUUUGUGUCAAGGCUCAAGUCAGGAGCACAAAAACUGCCCAGGAUACCUUAUUUUUACCUUAUAAAAGUUCACAUUUAAACGACGGCAGCAAUGCCCAGGUGGCACAUGCUUCUUCAUCAACUGCCCCACAGUUACCAGUCUAUCACUGCCCGCUCUAUCUCGAUGGAGAGCGGGAGAGUGGAAACCGGGGACUGGCAGAUGUUAACAUUAUCACUACGUUUCCCCUACAUGCCAAGCUAAAUCCUGUGUUGUGUAGUUUGAGAAGGGUGAGGCUAGUGAGUAUGCUCUGACUAUAAACCAUCCUGGUUUGUCCUGCUGUGAUGCAACAGACUGACGCUCAGAUGCAACUCUGGAUUGACUUAAGAGUCCUUACUCAUACUAUAUGAAAAGUCUUGUAAAUGUAUUUGUCAUUAACUGCUGUUCACAAUUAUUCAUGUGACUUUCUGUUGCUGCAUAAUGCCUCAUCAUACGUUACGCUUUGUAAUGUUUUGAUUGGUUUUGUAAGGUUUUUCAUUAAACAUUUGAACACAAUAAUAAUGUCAUAAUGUCGAUUAAUAGCAUUUUGUAUGAUCUAGCUCAGCGGUUCUCAAAGUUAUUUCAAUAAUGUAUGUAAAGUACCCCCUGACCAGCGCGAAACUUUUUUGGUAGAAAAAGAAAGUCUACAGCGCUGGCUGGCAGUGAUACAUUUACUAACCUACAACCUUGUGAAUAAAAAACAUUUAAAUGCUACAUUUCAAAUUUUUAAAAUACAUCACUAAAUUCAUUCAUUAUUAUGGUUAUAGUUAUUUUAGGAAUUAUGCAUAACAUUUUUAAGCAAUACAAUAAUAAAAAAAGCACAUUUUAUUGCUUAAAUAUGAAAUGUCAUAGUUUGACUGGUGUUGGCCGUGACAAAACUAUAUUAUUAUAGACAGUAUGCCAUGUAUAAUAGGAUAUUGACAGCAGAAAGCUCAACAGAGGAAAUGUGAACUUUCUUGUGUCCGACAGUAGUAACCAUAUUUCUUUUCUCCCUU